AACGAAUCGAGCACAAUUCAAAAAGUAGCAGUGACUCACUGCAUUCCCAUCUGAGCAGCGGGCCGACGCACAGACUUUAUGCCCGUUUAAUUUCAUUCUUAUCAGCGAAAUUUAGAUAAUACAGCGUGUAUAUUGUAGGUUUUCAAAUUGUUGGGGUUAUUAUUUGAAUGUAAUUCGCAGCGGAUGUGGAUGACUGGUGAAUUGCAUGCGUGCUUUUCGGGAUAAAGAAGAAAGGAGCAAGGAACUUCGACUCAGUUAUUUAUUUUUCAGGACUUUAGGUUUCCUUAUUCGACUUAAAUCGUCUCGUAAAGCGUGCAACGAUGAGCGCUGCAAUCGCAAAGACGGCGAAGCCAUCGGGUCACGUCGACCCCAAAUCUGCUCCUUUGAAAGAGAUUCCUGACAUUCUGGUGGAUCCCAGAACCAUGAAGAGAUACAUGCGAGGUCGCUUUCUGGGAAAGGGAGGAUUUGCGAAAUGCUACGAAAUCACAGAUAUGGACACAAAGGAGGUUUUCGCAGGGAAAGUGGUGCCUAAGUCAAUGCUACUGAAGCCGCACCAGAAAGAGAAAAUGAGCACAGAAAUCGCCAUUCACAAGAGUCUCGAUAACUCACACGUCGUGGGAUUUCACGGCUUUUUUGAGGAUGAUGACUUUGUGUACGUGGUGCUGGAAAUCUGCCGGAGACGGUCUCUCCUUGAAUUGCACAAGCGGAGGAAGGCAGUGACGGAGCCUGAGGCCAGAUACUUCAUGCGCCAGACUAUCCAGGGUUGUCAGUAUUUGCACAACAAUCGGGUCAUCCACCGUGAUCUCAAGCUUGGAAAUCUAUUCCUCAAUGAUGACAUGGAUGUGAAAAUUGGUGACUUUGGUUUGGCCACUAAGAUCGAGUUUGAUGGAGAGAGAAAGAAGACCCUGUGUGGCACGCCGAACUAUAUAGCCCCAGAGGUGCUCUGCAAGAAAGGCCACAGCUUCGAAGUAGACGUAUGGUCACUGGGAUGCAUUCUAUAUACACUGUUGGUUGGCAAGCCACCAUUUGAGACGUCCUGUCUGAAGGAGACCUACAUCAGAAUCAAGAAGAAUGAGUACGCUGUUCCUAGACACAUUAAUCCAGUUGCUGCUGCUCUGAUUCGUCGGAUGCUGCACGCUGACCCGAUGCUCAGACCUUCCGUGUCCGAGCUGCUCACUGAUGAGUUUUUCACCUCUGGUUAUGCGCCUCUGCGGCUGCCCACUUCCUGUCUCACUGUACCUCCCAGGUUCUCCAUCGCCCCCUCCAGCCUGGAUCCCGCCCUCCUUCGCAAACCCCUCUCGUCACUUAAUAAAGGAACAGAUAGUCCUAUUGAGAAAAUGGGGAAAAUGGAGCAGCCACAAAGUGAAGAUCUUCAGCAAAGGGAUGGAGUUGAACAACCUGACACUCAUCUAAGUGACAUGCUGCAGCAGCUGGCCAGCCUCAACACGGCCAGGCCAUCUGAGAGAGACUUUAUUAGACAAGAGGAAGCAGAGGACCCUGCAUGUAUACCUAUCUUCUGGAUUAGUAAAUGGGUCGACUACUCUGACAAAUAUGGCCUUGGUUACCAGCUGUGUGAUAACAGCGUAGGCGUUCUGUUCAAUGAUUCCACCCGUUUGAUCAUGUACACUGACGGUGACAGUUUGCAGUACAUCGACCGCAACUCUGCAGAAUCCUACCUCAGUGUUCGCUCCUACCCUUCUGCACUCUCCAAAAAGAUUACGCUCCUCAAGUACUUCAGGAAUUACAUGAGCGAGCACUUGCUGAAGGCCGGGGCAAACAUAACGCCACGUGAUGGGGAUGAACUGAUCCGGUUGCCUUACCUCCGCCAUUGGUUCCGCACAAAGAGCGCCAUAGUGCUACACCUGAGCAAUGGAACCGUGCAGAUCAACUUCUUCCAGGACCACACUAAGCUUAUUUUGUGUCCCUUGAUGGGUGCAGUGACGUACAUCAAUGAGAAGCGGGAGUUCUACACCUAUAAGAUGAGUUUAAUUGAGGAGUUUGGGUGCUGUAAAGAGUUGGCCAGCCGUUUGCGCUAUGCUCGUAACAUGGUAGAGAAGCUCAUGGCCUGCAAAAGCACCGCUACAUCAGCCCGUUAAUCCACUGACAUCACAAUAUGUAUAGCUUUAUGAGAUCAAACUUGUCAGUUUUUUGGGCUCUACACCAGGACUUCCUCCUGCGGAUCUGUUGUUUACUCCUAUACUAUCACUUGUUUUUCUGGGUUGGGGAGUUUGUGACCAUGCCAGCUCGCUGUAUCAUGUGAAUGCUCUUGUACAUGUUUUAAUAUUUUAGAACUUGUCUGUUUACCUUUUGACUGUUCUUUGUAUAAAAGCUUUCGGACGUUAAUCUUUUAAUGUGUAAGAGAAUAUUUGAAAUGAGUUGGUUUUCCAAAAUAAAGAUCUUUUUAGAGACA